CAACCCACUGAGCUGACGCUGCCGCAAGCUUCUUCUGCUAAUUGCUCACCACCGAACGCAAAGGCUUUGUGGAAUAUGAUCCACGAACGCGUGUGCCCAUCGUCACGUCGUUGUAAACGGAAGCAAAAAUUAAUGGCAGCGGUGGGAUUCGAACCCACGCCUCCGAAGAGACUGGUGCCUUAAACCAGCGCCUUAGACCGCUCGGCCACGCUACCGUUGAAAUCUCAGUUUACCCCAGGAUUGUGAUAUAUACACAUUGCUAUGUUACAAGAAGCUAUGCAAAAAUAUGUGAUACUAUCUCGCCGAGAGUCACUUCAUCUCGAACAGUUGAUAGAGCUAUAUUCACGUGAUUCUUUAAGAACGCCUUCAAGAAGAUGCCGGUGGAGGUGGUCGCGUAUAAAGCAGGGUAGGUUGUGUGGUGAGUAAGUGGUCCAUAUAUAGAAGCGCCCCCACGGUUACCAACACAAGCACGUACCUGUCACGCAUAUAUACGCAGCACGAGGGCCGAGAGCACACUUUUUGUGCUUGAGUGGAUUAAGGCUCUGUCGACUCGACGACUCCUUAACGUUUCGGUAAUUGUAAAAGAACGACUGCAAGCCACAUUCAUCAUGCCUGGACGUCCUCUUUGGCAGGUUGCUGGUAAACGAGAAGCAAGCCAGGAAGCUGAAGCCCAGCAAUGGAUCGAGACGGUAGUUGGACAGAAGUUUCCACCAGGUGUAAGUUACGAGGAUGCAUUAAGGGAUGGCGUGCUGUUAUGUAAACUCAUGAACAAACUGCAGCCGGGUCUCGUCACCAAGAUCAAUACCUCCGGCGGUGAUUAUAAGAUGAUGGAUAAUCUGAACCAGUUUCAGAAGGCCUGCGUGAAAUAUGGAGUACCUGAUGUAGAUCUCUUCCAGGCGGUCGACCUCAUGGAAAGGAAGAACAUAGCGCAAGUUACUAACACGAUAUUCGCCAUUGGUCGCACUACGUAUAGACACCCGGAAUGGCGUGGCCCUUGGCUGGGACCAAAACCAGCGGAAGAAAAUAAACGAAAUUUCACGGAGGAGCAAUUAAGAGCUGGCGAAGGUCUUAUCGGCCUGCAGGCUGGUACCAAUAAGGGCGCCACUCAAGCUGGUCAGAGUUUCGGCGCCACGAGGAAGAUUCUUCUCGGAAAAUAAUGUUAAAAAAAAUAUUUUCCAACACCCUUAUGAAUUUUAAAAAAUAGUUCAAGAUUGGUUUUAGGUAAAGUGUGCAUCGAAAUCUUAAACAAGUCGACGAAUAUCGGCGUACGGUACAACUAAUUUCGUUGAAAGAAGAUUUCAAUCCAUCGCGCAUCCUGUACCAUUAGACCUCUUAUUUUAAUUAUUCUAUAUUAAUAUAUAAAUCUUGGCAUGUAGAGAUUGAUUUGGCCGCGUAAUACAGAAAAUAAAUUUACAAUUUAGAGCUUCCCGUGUAUAUGUGCUCUUUCGUUGGAUCGAUCGAUAAAUCAAUUAAUGAUGUCCGUGGCUUUCUACAAAUGUCGCUAUAGUAAACAUCGUUAUAAAAAAUGAAAGAAAAUUUAUGGUUGUGUGAAGAAAAUGAUAAAGAUACCGAGAAAACGCAACUACCUUUUGCAGU